AUGUGCCCCCACCAAAACGGAGACAGUCUCUCUUCCGACCGUUCUGAAAUGGUCGAAGUUCCCUUGGCAAAUGGGGCUUCUGCCAACGGAAAAAGGGGAACAUCGUCGAACCGCAAUGGCCACGCUCAACGUCUCGAAAAAGAGCGCCAAAAUCCUUACGCACCUCGUGCGUCCGACUUUCUCUCAAAUAUAUCUAACUUCAAUAUUAUCGAGAGCACAUUGCGAGAGGGAGAGCAAUUUGCGAAUGCCUUCUUUGAUACCAGAACCAAAAUCGCUAUUGCCAAGGCGCUCGACGCUUUUGGUGUGGAGUACAUAGAACUCACAUCGCCGGCUGCAUCAGAGCAGUCCCGUUCGGACUGUGAAGCCAUUUGCAAGCUUGGUCUCAAGGCCAAGAUUCUGACUCACAUUCGGUGUCAUAUGGAUGACGCUAGAAUUGCCGUUGAGACCGGCGUUGAUGGUGUCGAUGUCGUUAUUGGGACUUCAUCGUUUCUACGAGAGUUCUCCCAUGGAAAGGAUAUGGCGUAUAUCACCAAGACCGCCAUUGAGGUCAUUAACUAUGUCAAGUCCAAGGGAAUCGAAGUCCGAUUCUCCUCAGAGGAUUCUUUCCGGUCAGAUCUAGUUGAUCUUUUAUCGAUAUAUCAGACUGUCGACAAGAUUGGUGUGAACCGUGUUGGUAUUGCGGAUACUGUGGGCUGUGCGAACCCAAGACAAGUCUAUGACCUUGUCAGGACGUUGAGGGGCGUUGUUGGAUGUGACAUUGAAAUCCAUCUGCACAAUGACACUGGGAUGGCCAUUGCCAAUGCCUACACUGCUCUGGAAGCGGGUGCAACACACAUCGAUACUUCCGUUCUUGGAAUCGGUGAACGUGUUGGAAUCACUCCACUAGGUGGUCUCGUGGCCUGCCUUUACGCCGCAAACCCGGAGUAUGUCAAGUCCAAGUAUAACCUCACGAUGCUUCGUGAAAUCGAGAAUUUGGUCGCCGAGGCUGUCGAGGUCAACAUUCCAUUCAUGAACCCCAUUACUGGCUACUGCGCUUUCACGCACAAGGCUGGCAUUCACGCCAAGGCCAUCUUGAACAACCCCAGCACCUAUGAGAUCCUCAAGCCAGAGGACUUUGGUCUGACCAGAUACGUCUCCAUUGGACACCGCCUUACCGGUUGGAAUGCCGUCAAGUCGCGCGUUGAGCAACUCGGUCUUUCACUUACCGACGAAGAGGCAUGUCUUUCAUCUUGGAUCAAAGAUGCCACUUCCAAGAUCAAGGAGCUUGCGGACGUCCGAACACAGUCUAUGGAUGACGUUGAUUCGCUCCUUCGCGUAUAUCAUUCUGGCAUCCAAUCCGGAGAGUUGGCCGUUGGCCAGAAGGAAGCUUUAGAUCGUCUGCUCAGGAAGCAUAGGGAGCAGAGGGAUUCCAGCACUUCAAGGGAACGAAGUGAUUAAAAAACGAGAGCGUUCGCUGCCUCUACCGGAGCCAUGUUGUACUUAUACGUAGUGGAUUGAUAUCUGAGUCAUGGCACAACGUUUGCCGCAAGACUAAAAAAUCUCUUGUUUUUGAGCGGAUUUCAGCAUGCUCCUGAGCACCUAACAAGCCCACCCGAGCCACCGGAGACGAGUAAACAUUUGCCCAAGGAGUAAGUUUCAAGUGACUACGCCAAAUCAGGGACAAAAUAAAGCAUGGUUCGAUCCAAUUAAUACUCGAUGCCUGCAUAUGUAUGUGCAUACGCAGAUAAUAAAUACGUGAAAAAUAUUUGAGGAUAUAUACCGUCGUAGAGACCAAGUAGAAGUGAGUGCGGUGCGAAGGGCGACGGGAUAUACUGCCGAAAGACUAGACGACGCGCUUCUCGCAUCUCGU